AGUUUUGUUUAUGAAAUGGUAAUAUUUGGCAUAUAAAACCCGGUCACACCUGUUAUAGGAAACACUCGUUUUGUUUGUUAUUAAAUCUUUACUUCUGCCUGAUUUAAUAUUCUGGAUCAAAAUAAUGUCGGCACUUGGGGAUUCGGACGAUGAAACUGAGUUUAAAGACAUCAGCGCUACAAAUUAUCAUCGUGUGCAGGAAAAAGUGGCAAAGAUCAGCUAUGCAGAUGGCGUUGCCGAUGGCAGGGAAAAGGUCUUCCAAGACAGCUUCGAUGAAGGCUUUGAAAAUGGCUUCAAAACCGGGUUUGAACUGGCCAAACUAAGUGCCUUCUACGAAACCAUUAAAAGUGCGGGAGCAGAACGUUUAGAAUGGAAUGCAGAACAAGAGGCCUACCAAAAACUCAAGCUGUCAGAUGCAACAGAUAAAGCACACUUCAAAUACUUGGAGCAUCAGGGCGCUCCACUCAACGUGAUAUCCGAAAAACAAAGGACCUAUGUGGACGACCUCCUGGGAAAACUCGCACAGCAACUCCCGGCAACUACGAAUUUAUUCACAUCGGGAAGCGAUUCUAGUGUUAAUGUGGUUUAAUGCAUGUGUUUGGGAAUUAUCAAAAUUAACUGAAAGUAUAUCUUCGCGCGACUUAUAAAUAAAGACCCUCGGGCGUGCCCUCCUUCUUCCGAUACAAGA